CAAAAAAAAUUAAUUAUCAGCCGGUGUUUGGAUGUGCGAAAAUAUAUAAUUUUGUCCCCUAAUUUCAUAAACAUAAAUAAUAAAAUAUUCAUAACAAAGAGACAUAAAAAAAACACGUCAAAAUGACGAUUGGUAAAAAUAAUAAGAUGUUACAACACAUCAACUACAGAGUUCGUAUAAUCCUUCAAGAUUCACGUACAUUUAUUGGAACAUUUAAAGCAUUUGAUAAACAUAUGAAUUUAAUACUUGGAGAUUGUGAAGAAUUUUGUAAAAUAAAGCCAAAAAAUACAAAACAACCAGAAAGAGAAAAAAAAAGAGUAUUAGGUUUUGUAUUAUUGAGAGGUGAAAAUAUUGUAUCACUAACUGUUGAAGGACCACCACCACCAGAAGAAGGUUUACCAAGAGUACCAAUACCAGGUGCCGGUCCUGGUCCAGGUAUGGGACGUGCUGUUGGACGUGGUAUGCCAGCAAAUGUAUCUGGUGUACCAGCUGGUUUACAAGGACCAGUACGUGGUGUUGGUGGACCAUCACAACAAAUUAUGACACCUGGUGGACGUGGACAAGUAUCAGCACCACCACAAAUGCAUCCUGGUGCACAAUCAAUGCCAGUACGUGGACCACCACCUGGUAUGAUGGGACCACCACCAGGAAUGAUGGGUAUGCCACCGGGAAUGCCACCAGGUAUGCCACCAAUGGGACGUGGUGGACCACCAAUGCCACCAGGUAUGCGAGGACCACCACCUGGUAUGAUGAGAGGCGGACCACCACCACCUCGCCCUUACUAAUUAUGUUCAAUCUAUUCUUACAAUAAUAUACAAAAAAAAAAUUCCUUUUUUUCUUCUAUU